CUUUGCCUUCAGAUAUGGCUCCCGGGGCCGUCAAGUCUCCAAUCAUGCCUUCUUUUCUCGGACCAUUGGGAAUGGAGAGGGACAGCGCCGUCAUGGGAGCGCAAACACCUCAGCUGACGCCUCCCGGCGUACAAGGCCUCACCACCUCCAUCUUGGGCUCCGUGAUCAGCGGGCUUCAGAAACCAAAGCAAACGGACAGCGGCCCUCCCUCGUCUGGGGUGUCUCUGCUGGGCGAACCGCCCAAGGACUUCAAGAUUCCACUCAACCCCUACUUAAACCUACACAGCCUUCUUCCCGCGAGCCAACUUGGGG